AUAUAUAUAUAUAUAUAUAUAUAUAUAUAGAGAGAGAGAGAGAGAGAGAGAGAGAGAGAGAGAGAGAGAGAGAGAGAGAGAGAGAGACAGACACGCGUAUCAUAAAUGUGUAUAUAUGUAUGUAUGUAUGUAUAUACAUAUUUUACCUAUAAUGUUUUAAUAUGGAGAUUUUUUUCAAUGUUUGUUAGUUUGUAUCACUUUUUUGACGUAUUUUUAUGAUUUAUUCUCACUACUGGUUGCGUCUAUUUGUAGCGUUUUAAUGUAACAUCUCUCAAGAGUAUUAAAUCAAAGAAUUUGAAUAACUUGUGUUAAUAGAUAAAAAAAUAUGGCGCAAAGAUUUCCUGUUCCAAAUACAGGAAACAAUGGUCCUCCUCCGCAACGGUAUCCUCCUUCUUCUGUACCACCAAAUCUACGCCAAUAUUCAGGACCAAAUUUUCCAAUGCAACAAAGAUCUGGAUUUACACCUCCUCCACAAAUGAGCAAUGCAGCACCAGGACCAGGAGGAAUAAUGAGACCUAAUCAACCAUAUACUAAUAUGCGUCAAGGUCCAAUGCCAACGCCUCCUGUUGGUAAAAGGAGUGCUGAUCAAAGAAUACCUUUGUCGCAGCAAAAACCGUAUUUUUGGAACAGUGACUUUUCACAUUCCACAUCCAAGAAGAAAAAGAAACUUGCUGACAAGAUAUUACCUCAAAAAGUACGAGAUUUGGUACCAGAAUCCCAAGCUUAUAUGGAUUUACUUGCAUUUGAAAGGAAGUUAGAUGCAACUAUAAUGCGUAAACGUCUUGAUAUACAAGAAGCCUUGAAACGUCCAAUGAAACAGAAACGAAAGUUACGUAUUUUUAUUUCCAAUACAUUUUAUCCAGCCAAAGAAGCAGCAGAGGGAGAGGAGGGUUCGGUUGCUUCUUGGGAACUAAGAGUUGAAGGCAGAUUAUUAGACGAUACUAAAAAUGAUCCUAAUAAGGUGAAGAGAAAAUUUUCAUCCUUUUUUAAAAGCCUAGUUAUUGAAUUAGAUAAAGAUUUAUAUGGACCAGAUAAUCACUUAGUUGAAUGGCAUCGUACAUUAACUACACAAGAAACUGAUGGAUUUCAAGUAAAAAGACCAGGAGACAAAAAUGUUCGUUGUACUAUUCUUCUACUUCUUGAUUAUCAGCCUUUACAGUUCAAAUUAGAUUCACGACUUGCACGAUUAUUAGGUGUGCAUACACAAACUCGACCUGUUAUUAUUUCAGCACUUUGGCAAUAUAUAAAAACUCAUAAACUUCAAGACAGUCAUGAACGUGAAUUUAUAAAUUGUGACAAAUAUUUGGAACAAAUCUUUGCUUGUCCCAGAAUGAAAUUUGCUGAAAUACCACAAAGAUUAAAUCCAUUAUUGCAUCCACCUGACCCCAUUGUGAUUAAUCAUGUCAUUAGCGUAGAAGGCACAGAAACAAAGCAAACUGCAUGUUAUGAUAUAGAAGUCGAAGUCGAUGAUACGUUAAAAACGCAGAUGAAUAAUUUUCUAUUAUCAACUGCAAGUCAACAGGAGAUACAAAGUCUAGACAACAAGAUACACGAAACUGUUGAAACAAUUAAUCAAUUAAAAACAAAUCGUGAAUUUUUCUUAAGCUUUGCAAAGGAUCCUCAACAAUUCAUUAACAAAUGGAUUAUAUCACAAACAAGAGAUUUAAAAACAAUGACUGAUGUUGUUGGAAAUCCAGAGGAAGAACGUAGAGCUGAAUUUUACUAUCAACCUUGGGCACAAGAAGCUGUCUGUCGUUACUUUUAUACUAAAGUCCAACAAAAACGAGCUGAGUUAGAACAAGCUCUUGGCAUACGAAAUUCAUAAAAUUAUUAAAAAGUUGUCUAUCAGUGCGAUGAAAUGUUGUAUAAAAUAUUUUCUCCAUGAUAUUUUGUUGCAGUGACUAUAAUAUUUGAGUUUUUGUAAUAUUGUAAACUACAAAUGGACCUUCUCUCCCCCCCCUCUCUCUUUUAAAGAUAUAGAUCAUACAAUUGGUAAUCAUUGGGCAUUGAUAUAUUUAUAAAGUAAAUAUAUAUAAGAAAGAGAGACUUAUUUAUACAAAUACAUUUCGUAUAUUACUGAAAUGAAACUUUUUUCAAGCAAAGUAUUAAAAUCUUGCAUUAUAUUCCAUAUUUGCUGCAGUACUAUUAUUAGUAAACCUUACGCGUAACAAUAAAUAAAGAGAUUGAUACAAGUGUGA